GUUAUAGCCGGUCUAUUCAAUCUCUUUACUUCUUUUACAACUUGUUUAUCUUCCAAACCAAUAAUCUUCAACAUGCAGAUCUCUGCCAUCACUUCAAUCAUCUUGGGCAUUGUCUCCGUCCAGGUCUCCGCCGCUGGAUUCAGAGCAACUUGCGACACUGUCAAUCUUAGUGGUUUCACUUUGUCGGCGGAAUGUACAACGGGACUAGGCGGUUUUCCCCGCGCCACUACUCUGGAUAUCAACAAAUGCUUCUUUGCGGUUGACGGGAAAAUUAACUGCGGCGCUGGGGGUAUCUCUGGAUGCAAAUGCAGCCAGACCGAUGUGGCUGCAGCGAGCUGCACCUGUCCUGAUAACGCUGGCAAACAGGUUACUAAUAACGUUAAUCUCGAUGCCUGCAUUAGCAACAGUGACGGCAAGCUCUCGUGCUAAUUAGAUCACCCAAGCUAGAAAAGGGCAUUAUAGGCCUUGUCGUUUGUAUUUCUUACAAGGGCAUGCUUAUAACGCUGUUGGAGUGUGGGCAAUACGGUUAAUUGAUAUGCUCUCAGAGCUUGGCCGAAACAAGCAACACCGCUCGAAGAAUGUCGGUAUUAUUUUUGGGAUGAACCUGUCCGCCCAAAAUAAGAAAACCAGAUGUCACGUGCAUUUCGUACUUGGAGCCACGCAUAGCAGGACAUCCCAAAUCCUAGAAGACCUUACUUAGAGGUAAACAUCACACAUGCCGAUACAACACGCAUUAUCGCACCCGUAUAUGUACAAGUAUACGUACCAGACGAGCUAGGGGACAUCGCAUCAGGAGGUAUUCAGGGGCAUUGGCAAAAGUUGUGUGACGGCAAGGUUACUCUACGGAUAGGUACUGCUGAUGAUCUAGACGUAAUGAGAACUGUUGAA